AUGUCGACCACGAACGAACCAGCCGACCCAAUCGCCCAAGGCGUUUUGCCAACAGCCAAACAGUCUUGGUCCGACCUCUUCAAAUGGAAACAGAGAGUAGUCGUCUACAGCGACAGUGGAGAAACCACAGUCGAAUGGCAAGCGCCUCAGAAGUUCAUCAAUCCCUUCAGCUUGAUGGCCCAGCUCACCGCCAUGAACUGGGUGUUCUUCAUCGUCGGUCUCGCCGCUUGGACUGCCGAUGCUUUCGACUUUCACGCUCUGUCCAUCCAGACAGUCAAGCUUUCAAAGUACUACAAAGUCACCAAGACUGACAUUUCCGAAGCAAUCACCCUUACUCUACUGUUGCGAUCUGUGGGGGCUGCCAUGUUUGGUUUUGCUGGCGACAAGUGGGGUCGUAAGUGGCCGAUGGUUGCAAACAUGAUCAUUCUGGGUCUUUUGCAGAUUGCCACUAUCUACUCAAAGACCUUCAACCAGUUCCUGACUGUUCGCAGUUUGUUUGGUCUGUUCAUGGGUGGAGUUAUUGCGAUGGCCCUUGAAAACUGCCCGACUGACGCUCGUGGUCUCAUGUCUGGAAUCUUGCAACAAGGCUAUUCCAUGGGCUACGUCUUUGCCGCAUGCGCCAAUCUCGGCGUUGGAGGCGCCGUCGAGACUUGGAAGACUGUCUUCUGGAUUGCAGCAGGCUUGUCCAUCGGUGUUGGCUUAAUUCGCUGCUGCUUCCCCGAAUCCAAGCAGUUCCUUGAGUCCAGGAAGAAUGGCAAUAAACGUGCCCCGGGUGCUUUCUGGCAAGAAACCAAGCUUAUGCUUGCUCAGCAGUGGAAGAUGUACUAUAGUCAUACCUCUCAGGACAGCUACACCACUUUCAUGCUCACUCAGAAGGGUCUCAACAAUGAUGGCGCUAGUCGUGCUUCCAUCUUGAUGAAGACUGGUGCCUGUAUUGGUGGAACAAGUAUNUCAUUGGCUACCUCUCACAAUUUGUUGGCCGCCGUCGAGCCAUCAUCGUCGCUGCCCNUAAUCAGCAUGUGUCUCAUUCCCGCCUGGAUCCUGCCCACUGGCGAAGGCUCUCUUUCCGCCUCAGGCUUCAUGAUGCAAUUUUUCGUCCAAGGCGCCUGGGGCGUCAUUCCCAUCCACCUCAACGAACUCGCUCCACCAGCCUUCCGCUCCACCUUCCCCGGCCUCACUUACCAGUUAGGCAACAUGAUCAGCUCACCUUCAGCCCAAAUCGUCAACGCAAUCGCCGAAUCGAAUUUUGUGCAAGGUGCCAAGGGUAAGAGGGUCGAGGCUUAUGGGCCGGUGAUGGGUAUUGCGACUGCGAUUAUUGCGGCAGGGAUCGCAGUGACUACGGCAUUUGGACCUGAGAAGAGGGGAAGGAGUUUUGAGGUCCCGGUUGUGGUUGAUAUGAUGCAGACGAAGGAUGUUGAAGAAGGACGGGAUAGUAUGGAUAAGCAUGCUACUCAUGAGGAGCGCAUCGAGAGGACCGAGACUAGAUGA